AUGGUGCAUAAAUGGAGACAACAGAGUAAGAUUGACAUUUUAACGUGGGAUAUGUAAUCCUGUGAAGUAAAGACCCCCCAAAUAUCUGUGGAUUCCCUGCCUGGACUCCAGUGGGACGGGACGGGCUUGCCUGAGGGAGACCUGUGUGGGGUUCAGAGCCAUGACGAGAGCUGCGGCCAAGGAAGGAGAGCCCAAUGGGGCCACCGUAGUUUCUGAAGAGAUGAAAAGGGAUGCAAUAGAAGAGAGAGGCCAGUGGAGCAGCAAAAUGGAGUUUGUGCUGUCUGUGGCAGGGGAAAUCAUCGGUCUGGGUAACGUGUGGAGGUUCCCAUACCUCUGCUACAAGAACGGCGGUGGAGCUUUCCUCAUCCCUUACCUCAUCUUCCUCUUCACCUGUGGUAUCCCCCUGUUCUUCCUGGAGACGGCGCUGGGGCAGUACACCAGCCAGGGAGGGGUGACAGCCUGGAGGAAGAUCUGUCCCCUCUUUGAAGGAAUUGGAUAUGCCUCACAAGUCAUUGAAUGCUAUCUGAAUAUCUACUACAUCAUCAUCCUGUCCUGGGCACUCUUCUACCUGUUCAGCUCCUUCACUGCAGUGCUACCUUGGGCCAGCUGCAAUAACCCCUGGAACUCAGAUCUCUGUGUGGACAUUCUGAAUAUCUCCAGCCUGGACAACAGGACCUUGCCUGCGAACGCCACCUCCCCAAUGAUUGAGUUUUGGGAGAAUCGAGUCCUGGGACUCACGGAUGGAAUUCACAAUCUGGGCACUGUGCGCUGGGAGCUGGCUCUGUGUCUCCUGCUGGCGUGGAUCAUCUGCUACUUCUGCAUCUGGAAAGGGGUCAAGUCCACUGGCAAAGUUGUUUACUUCACCGCCACCUUCCCCUACGCGAUGCUUAUCAUCCUGCUGGUGCGAGGCGUCACGCUGCCUGGUGCUGCCGAGGGGAUCCUCUUCUACCUCAAGCCGGACAUUUCCAGGCUGGCAGACCCGCAGGUCUGGAUGGAUGCAGGCACUCAGAUCCUCUUCUCUUACGCCAUCUGCCAGGGGUGCCUGACUGCUCUGGGCAGCUACAACAAGUAUACCAACAACUGUUACAGGGACUGCAUCAUGCUCUGCUUCCUGAACAGUGCCACCAGCUUCGUUGCUGGCUUUGCCAUUUUCUCUGUGCUGGGCUUCAUGGCUCGAGAGCAGGGUGUACCCAUUGCAGAAGUGGCUGAAUCAGGUCCUGGCCUGGCUUUCAUAGCAUAUCCAACGGCAGUAACGAUGAUGCCUGUGUCUCAGCUCUGGUCCUGCCUCUUCUUCCUCAUGCUGAUCUUCUUGGGACUGGACAGCCAGUUCGUCUGUGUAGAAAGCAUGGUGACAGCUCUUAUUGACAUGUUUCCGGAAGUGUUUCGGAAGAAGGGGCGUCGGGAGCUGCUGAUCCUGGCCAUUGCAGUCAUAUGCUACCUGCUGGGCUUAUUGCUGGUCACUGAGGGUGGGAUGUACAUCUUCCAGCUCUUUGACUACUACGCUGCCAGUGGCACGUGCCUGCUCUUCCUGGCCAUUUUUGAAGUCAUCUGCGUAGGCUGGGUGUAUGGUGCCAACCGCUUCUACGACAACAUUGAGGACAUGAUUGGUUUCCGACCAUGGCCCUUGAUCAAGAUAUGCUGGCUGGUGGUCACCCCGGGUCUUUGCUUGGCUGUCUUCCUGUUUUCCCUGAUCAAGUAUACACCCUUGAAAUACAACAAUUCCUACGUGUACCCGGACUGGGGCUACGUGGUGGGCUGGCUGAUGGCACUCUCCUCCAUGGUCUGCAUUCCUCUCUAUGCCAUCUUCAUCCUCCUGAAAACCAAAGGACCUCUGAAGCAGCGGCUGGUGCAGCUGAUUUCCCCAGCGGAGGAUCUGCCGCAGCCAAAGAAGUACGUAGCAGGUCUGUCCGGAAUGAAGUGCAGCGGAUGGUCAGCCCCGGUCCAGGAGGUACUCAGCAUCACAGAGAGAGAAACCCACUUCUAA